AGUAUAAUUAUAAAGCGGUGUAGGAGCACGAGUAAUAGCUGAAAACAGAGCAUCAUUCACAAGUUACAUAUUCAAAAGUUGAGUUUCAUUUAAUUAGUACUAGCAAAUUGUGCUAAAAAAAAUAAAAAAAUUAUGGGUUUUUCUGGGUUUUUUGUGGGUGCGUGCAUUUGUUAUUUAAAUAAAUAAAAAAGAAAAAGAAAAAGUAAAGAUCCAAUGGAAGGGAAGAAAAGAGGAAUAGAGGUGAUGGACGGUUCAGAUAUAAUGGAGUUGGUUGAAAAUAAAGAGGAGUUUAGUAAAUAUGUAGAUAAGAAGUUCAAAGAACUUGACAUUGAUAAUGAUGGUAAGUUAUCAGUGAAGGAACUUGAACCUGCUGUUGCUAAUAUUGGUGCUGCUCUUGGACUUCCUGCUCAAGGCUCUUCUCCUGAUUCUGAUCACAUUUAUACUGAGGUUUUGAAUGAAUUUACUCAUGGUAAAGAGGAGAAAGUAAGCAAGACCGAGUUCAAACAAGUUCUUUCAGAUAUCCUUGUAGGCAUGGCAACUGGACUAAAGCGAGACCCCAUUGUGAUCCUUCGAAUUGAUGGUGAAGAGCUCGAAGAAUACAUAAAUAGUCCGAGUUUUGAGAUAGAUAUGGUGGCUUCUUUCUCUGAGAUCACAAUACAAGAUGGAUUCUCUCACGACCUCAUUCUCAAGGCUUUGCAAAAACUCGGUGUUGAUCAAGGCUUGCCUCCUACUUCCGACUCUUGGGUUAUGAGCAAUAUUAUGGAACCGGCUUUGGAAUCGUGUAGUCGAGAUUGUACUAAUCAUGGACAUCCGAUUUCUCAAGAGACGUUCUUGGAGGAACUUAAGAAAGUACUUGAGAAAAUAGUUGUGCGUCUCAAAGAACAACCUGUGAUUGUUGCACAUACUGAGAACACGUACGAUGGUAGUGCUAUCAAGACUCUUUUAGCUAACAAGUUUGAAACAGACAAGGUAUUGAAUGCUACGUUGGAAACACUACCAAGAGAUAAGCAUGGAAGACUGGCAAAGGAGUGCCUUCGAUUGGCAUUAGAUUCAUUGGCUUCUUCUGCUGGUUUGCCUCCUUAUGGAGCUGUGGAUGAGAUGGACAAAGUUAUCGAUGAAGUGCUGAAGAUGGUGGAUGCCGAUGAUGGAAAGCUUGUAAGAGAAGAUGAGUUCAAGAAGCUAUUGUUGGAGAUCUUAGGGAGUAUCAUGUUGCAAUUAGAAGGGAACCCCGUAUCGAUCUCUACUAACUCGGUUGUGCACGAGCCCUUGACCGAUCCUUCUUCCUUUUUGCAAACUUCAACUUCGUGAUCUAUCUACCCCAUCGCUGAUAGUCUGAUAUUGCAUUUCGCAAUAAAUUCUAGCAUAAAUCCUAAUAGUACAAUGCUAGUUCUUGAGUGUUGGUAACAUAUUUUGUACGUGUUCUUGUUCUUUGUAUUUUAUGAGUCUAUUGUAUUUCAUCAUGUAUUACUUGUAUCGAAAACUGUUUCCUUGUUGCUUCGAGUUGUGCUUGAGCGAUACGAAUCAAUGUAUUGGUUAUGUUUCGUCAAUGCAUAUUUUAAUGACUUAUGGCAUUUCAAAAUGGUAUAGUAAUCCUAUGUUUAUUCGUUUGUC